AGUGGGAAUAAAGGCCGGAGCCUAUUUCUGACUGUGGCUUCUCUUAUUAACGCGUGAUGCUGGCUUCAGCCGCGUUUGUUAUCAUGGCGGGUUAAACAUUUAACUUUUUGUCUGCCUGUUGCUCGUUUCUGUGCAGCCAGCGUUGCGUCGUCUCCGUGUUUUAGCGCCGGAACAAUGACAGGUGUCGGAGGUAAAACGCUCGCGGGAUGACGCCUUUCUCCACGAGCCUGUGCAUCAGGGAGGUUUCUGUCUUUGUUUUCAUAUUCUUUAUUAAAUAGACACCAGGCGACGAUAAAACUGUCCACAGACUCGGAAUGAGAAACAAAGCCUCAUCUGGAAUGGGACUUUUUUAUUUGACGAUAAUUAAUCCUCGAGGGGGUGUUAAUUGAUUAAAUGCACGCGCCGACUCGUUACGUGUUGUGAUGUCCUGUGUUGGCGGGUGGUGAAAGGCUCGGUGUGCAGCUUCAUUGGGCUACAGACAGAUUACUAAACGGCGCAGCAGAUCUGAGGCAGAUAAAGAUGGUGUUUCGGAGUGAGGAGAUGUGUCUGGCGCAACUGUUCCUGCAGUCCGGCUCAGAAUAUGACUGCAUUAGUGAGCUGGGGGAGCUGGGGCUGGUCGAGUUUCGAGAUCUCAACCCGAGUGUCAGCUCGUUCCAGCGGCGCUUCGUCAGCGAAAUCAAGAGAUGUGAGGAGAUGGAGAGGAUUCUGGGUUACCUUCUGAGGGAGAUUCAGAAGACUCACAUCGCUGUUCCAGAGGAGGAUGAGAGCCCGCUCGCUCCUCCGCCCAGACAGGUGCUCGAGAUCAUGGAGCAGCUUCAGAGGCUGGAGAUGGAGCUGAGCGAGGUGGCUCGGAACAAAGAGAAGCUGCAGAGGAACCUCCUGGAGCUCACCGAGUACACACACAUGCUGAAGAUCACACGCACCUUCAUCCACAGCCGCUCCAGACACGAGGCUCUUGGUCCUCAGUAUGAAGAGUUCCCCACCAUGGAGACGGACUCGGUGUCAGGAUGCACCGGCAUGCAGAGACUCGGAGCCAAGCUGGGGUUUGUCUCCGGUCUCAUCCAGCGGGUGAAGGUGGAGGCCUUCGAGCGCAUGCUGUGGAGAGUGUGUAAGGGCUACACCAUCCUCAGCUACGCAGAGGUGGACGAGAAUCUCACUGACCUCGACACUGGCGAGAUCAGCAAAAGUGUUGUGUUUCUCAUCUCUUUCUGGGGAGACCAGAUCGGACAGAAAGUACAAAAAAUCUGCGAUUGUUACCACUGCCACCUUUACCCGCACCCUGAGAACGAUGAGGAGCGCGCGGAUGUGCUGGACAGUUUACGGACACGCAUCCAAGACCUGAACAACGUGCUGCACCGCACUGAGGAGUACCUGAGGCAGGUUCUGCAGAAGGCCUCUGAGUCGGCCUUCAGCUGGGUGGUGCAGGUGAAGAAGAUGAAGGCCAUCUACCACAUCCUGAACCUCUGCAGCUUCGACGUCACCAACAAGUGUCUGAUCGCCGAGGUGUGGUGUCCCGUCAGCGACCUGGCCAACCUGCGGGGGGCGCUGGAAGAAGGAGCGCGGAAAGGGGAUGCCACUGUUCCGUCCUUUGUGAACCGCAUCCCGAGUUCCGACACCCCGCCCACGCUGCUGAGAACCAACAAGUUCACGUCUGGCUUUCAGAGCAUCGUGGAGGCGUACGGGGUGGGGGAUUAUCGCGAGGUAAGCCCAGCUCCCUACACCAUCAUCACAUUCCCCUUCCUGUUCGCCGUGAUGUUUGGCGACCUCGGGCACGGCAUAGUAAUGAGUCUCUUCGCCCUGUGGAUGGUGCUGACGGAAAAACAGCAGAAGAAGAAGCGAUCCAGUAAUGAGAUAUGGGAGACGUUCUUCAGCGGACGUUACAUCAUCCUGAUGAUGGGGAUCUUCUCCAUCUACACCGGGCUGAUUUACAACGACUGUUUCUCUAAGUCUCUGAAUAUAUUCGGCUCAGCCUGGAGCGUCAAGGCCAUGUUCACAAAUCAGCAGUGGACAAAUAAAACCCUCCAAACGAAUUCUCUGCUCACAUUAGACCCCAACGUCACUGGCGUUUUCACUGGACCGUACCCAUUUGGCAUCGAUCCUAUAUGGAACCUGGCAGUGAACCGGCUGUCCUUCCUCAACUCCUACAAGAUGAAGAUGUCAGUGGUUAUCGGUGUUAUCCACAUGAGCUUUGGCGUGGUGCUGAGCAUCUUCAAUCACCUGCACUUCCGGCAGAAGUUUAACAUCUACCUGCUGUUUCUUCCUGAGCUGCUCUUCCUGCUCUGUCUCUUUGGCUACCUGGUGUUCAUGAUUGUCUACAAGUGGUUGGCGUUCGGGGCUCGAGACUCCAGCCAGGCUCCCAGCAUCCUCAUCCACUUCAUUAACAUGUUCGUCAUGCAGGGGAAGGACCUCGCUCCUCUCUACCCAGGACAGACUGGGCUGCAAAUCUUCUUAAUUGUCAUAGCUAUGCUGUCAGUUCCCGUGAUGCUGUUAGGAAAACCGCUCUACUUGUAUUGGCUGUACCGAGGAGGCAAAGGCCUGCGCAGACGCAGAGGUUAUGAGAGGGUGAGGCGUGUAAGUGAGGACGACACCUCAGCAGCAGCAUCCUAUGAAGAUGAUGAUGAAGAGGAGGGACUUGAUGAAACGCCGGGCAGAGAAGCUCUUCCCAAAGAGUUUGACUUUGGGGAUGUGCUGCUGUACCAGUCCAUUCACACCAUAGAGUUCUGCCUGGGCUGCAUCUCCAACACUGCAUCAUACCUGCGUCUGUGGGCGCUCAGCUUGGCCCAUGCCCAGCUGUCAGAGGUGUUGUGGGGCAUGGUGAUGCGUCUGGGCCUGAGGAUCACCACGAGGGUGGGGGUGGUGUUUUUAGUUCCCGUGUUCGGCCUCUUCGCUGUGCUCACCGUGUCCAUCCUGCUGGUGAUGGAGGGUUUAUCAGCUUUCCUCCACGCUCUGAGAUUGCACUGGGUGGAGUUUCAGAAUAAGUUCUACCAUGGGACCGGUGUAAAGUUUUUGCCCUUCGACUUCUCCCUCCUGCCCUCCGUUUUUGAACAAGAUGGCCUGCUUUAGAAAAAAAUGGACUCUGACGUUUUGCAUAUGAUUGGAAGCAGACUUCAGAAUUGGGAAGGAUGCUGGAAACAAUUUACACUGUGAUGACGACAAUAAACCUUCAACACAACGGACUGAAACUCACUCUUGUAGCAACGUUUUUCACCAUGACGAUUUUUUAAAUGUUAUCGGCUGUGCUGACUGCCUUACUAAUGUACCCAGCAAACCCCUGAGCAUACAGAGGUUGGAAAAUAUUCUUCUGAUAAUUAUUUAAUUUUGUAGAUGAGCUCUACACUACUUGCUACACCAGUUGGGUGAGUUUUAAACUUUAAUUUGCAUUGUGCUGUGUAAACUGGUUUUGUAUUAUUUACAACAUGGUAUUUAAAAACCGUUAAACAGUGCAAUGUAAAGUUACAAGACCACAUCAAGCAUCCUCGUGUAGUGCCAUAGAGGUUUAUUUCUGAUGAUUAGGGGAUGCUUUGAGGUCUUUUAAAACUGCUUUCUACAUGAGGAGAGAAACCCUGUAGGUAUCGAAAUCUAAAGAAAAAACACAUUGUGAGGCAUAUUGUCACAAAGCACUUUGCAUAAAUGAUUGUACAAUUAAAACGUUUCACUGAUGACUGUGAUGAUGCCAAAUGGAAAUAAUAUUCAACUGCUAGCUGUUUGCUUAUUUACUUAUUAAUGCAUUUAUUUAAGCGUAUAACUUCCCCUGUAAUCGAUAGAAAAAUACUCCUGAAGAAGUCUAGAAGCUUUAGGCCUCUCUGACGAUACUGCUUGUUGCGUUUGUUAAUGAUAAUUAAUCUUGGUAUUUAUUUAAAUUAUUGUCUGUACAAGAGUCCAAUAUUUUACCAUUUUGAUGUGUUGAAUAAAGGUUUCAAGAAAUGCAAGCAAGUAAAGCA